GUGACCCAGUCAGCCAAUGAGCAGCUCGCACCUGCAGCCGUGCGCAGCCCUGCAGCAACAAGAGGUCAGUGCGUAAACGUGGAGCAGCAGCAGCUCCUGUAGGAUCAUCCAGGCCUGCAUGCGCACUCAACCACAGACACACAUACACACUACAGACACACAGACACACACCCACAGCAGCAGCAGCGGGGAUCUGAUCCACACGUCUGCGUCGCGAUGCCGCUGAAGAACGGAAACAGCGUGGCCGUGGAGAGACGCAUGGACCUGGCGUCGCUCUUCUGCAUGAUCGGCCGCCACGGACCCGCCGUGGCUCUGGCCGUGAUGGCGAUGGUGUCGGUGCUUGCGGCGUUCAUCAUCUACCGGAGCGUGCGGGGGAAGACGCGGAGGAAGGCCACGGCCGGGGACGGGGACGGGGAGAGGGACGGGGACGGGGAGAGGGAGAGUCCCGGAACGCGGAGGGACGCGUCGGGGGCGAGGUGGCCGGAGCAGGAGCUGAACCCCGGGGAUCCACGCAGCUCCGUGGAGGAGGCAACAGAUGUGAGCGAUGAAGUUUCCUCAGAGAUGAAAGACGAUGCUGAUCCGUUUCAACGUGAUCUGAAACUCAGGCAUCGUCGAGCUCCUGCUGCUGAAAACAAACCUUCCUCUUAUUCUCCUGUGGGGAGCUACGUCCAGAUACCGGAGGACGAGAACACGACUGCACCCGACUCAGAGGCAGGGACAGGGGUCCAGGACUCUCAUGGAGAAGCAGAGACGCACACAGAGGAGGCCACUCACAACCUGGAAUGUGACACGACCACGAUGGCUGAAACGAAGGUGGAGAGUGCAACACAUGAAGGAGUAAGAGAAGAAGAAGUCCUUGAGGAGGUCCGUGGUGACGGAGGCUGCUGGAUGGAGCUAGAGGUGAUUUGUGAUGAGCGAAACGUGGAGGUCGAGAAGGAGUUUGAAGCCGAGGAUCAGGACGAUGGGAGUGGGACCACAGACGAAGAUGACUCUUGCUGUUGUAUCUGUUAUGGCAAAGCCGAGUUGGAAGAAGAGAAUCGUCCUCGAGAUAGUAACUACGACAGCAAUCAUUCCAGUUAUCACCUCUCUCCAGAGGAAGAAAAGGAAAACGAGGGUGAGGAAGCUGAAGAAGAGUUUUCACCGCAAGAUUGUCAAAAACCACAAAGUGAAGAGAAACAAGAUGAAAUCUCCAAACCUCUGGAUAAAGACACAGAUUCGACUGAUCCUGAAUCUGACGCACCUUCACUCCAGAAGGAACUUCCCCACAAAAUCAAUCAAACAUCUGCAGACUACACGUUGGCUGAAGAAAGCGUUGACCUUCAUUUGCCGUCUCAGGACGAGGACCAACAAACUGUCCGAUGGUUUAAUAGUGAAGCUGAAGAUUCGAGCGUCACUGCUGCUCCUGAUGCAGCUGUUUGCGAUAAUGAUAUGAUUACCAUAUCUGUGAUGUCUGAGGAAAUAUCCCCCCCUGACACGUUGGCUUUACCCCAAGACCAAGGAAGUGACCAAAUGCAAACUAAUGGCACGAGUCCGGACCUUGACCCUCUCAUGUGGAAACCAGCCUUACCGUCUGUGGAGCGAAGUGAGCUGAGGGAUCAGGACGAGGGCAGCAUGUCGUCUCCUGCUGUUGAAGCAGAGAGCGGGAUAUCCAGCAUGGCUGUCAGUCCUGAUUUACAAGAUGCUGGUCAUGACUUUGGCGAAACCCUAGAAAAUAUGGUAGUUCCACAACUGGAUUGUGAUCCACAGUCAGAAGAAGUGACAGAGGCUAAAACCAACCUCUACGCCGAUGAUGCUGCUGUUUCUGUCGUGAAGGACGAUACUGCCGGUCUGGUGUUUGAGCCUUACCCAUCACGUGUCUCCCAGCAGCCCCACAGCGAGCACACGGGCGAGGCCAAGUUCGACUCGUUUGCAGACAACGAGGACACGUUUGGCCACGAGAUCGAGGACAGUUACCACACAGCACUGGAGCAGCUCAUGUUGCAGAUCUCAGCGAAUGCAAUGAACACAACCGAUGAGCUGAGGAAUCAAACAGAUGAGAAGGUGGUUGUUGAGGUUGUGCAGAAGAAGGAGAAGAAGGAGGACGUGAGAACUGCAAAGAAAAUGAAAAUGGAGGCAGAGACGGAGAAAGAAGAAGACGACUACGAAAAGACUGAAAUCAGUAUCAUGGAGGCGACGAUGGACAAUAACGAAUGGAUCACGGAAAGUAACCAAGUCCUUCCCUGGAUGAACAUUACCGUCCCGUCUUUUUCCCAAGACCACAAAACCACCGACCAGUCUCCCGUGGACGAUCGCCGGUCCAGCUCUUCUCUCACCGACAGUUCACGUGUUGAUACAGAGCCCCCCCCGUCCACUGAAAACAGACAAACCAGCUCUCUCUCCGCUGUGGAGGAAAAUACUGAAAACAACAAAAAGGUUGUGGCCGUCCAUCCAAUGCCCCAGAAUGUCAAUGUGAUGUUCAGCCUCCACUAUCUCACCCGCUCGCCGUACCAGACGGUGGCCAUCACUGGGAACCAGCAGGAGCUGGGGAACUGGAAGGAAUUCGUCUCGCUGGAGAGGGCCAAGGACGGGCACUGGGCCACGGUGGUCAGCCUCCCCGCAGAGAGCCAGGUGGAGUGGAAGUUCGUGCUGGUGGAGAAGGGUGAAGUGUGUCGCUGGGAGGAGUGUGGGAACCGGUUCCUUGAUACAGGAUCUGGAGACGAGCUGACUGUGCAGAAGUGGUGGGGAUUGUUAUAGGAUGAGUCUCAGAGGAAAGGGCUGCAGAGCAGAGAGGGACUUUGACAUGAAACAAAGUGGAAACUGGACCAGAUGAAGUUUAAAUUGAUCUAUAAAUCCCAUCACAAGAGCCCGAUGGUGAUAUGUUGGAUUGAAAUACUCUUUGAAUCAAAUACGGAGUCUUUGUUAAAGCAAAAUUUGUUUUUUACAACAAAAUAUUAGAUCAAUUUUGAUAAUAAUACAAAAAUGUAUUGUUUCAAGCCCCUAAAAUGUGAAUUUAUUUAGCUUUCUUUCUGAUUUAAUAUGACUGAUUGAGCAAAACAAGUAAAUCCAAGGAGGAAACCUUCGGCUUUCAGAACUUCGGCUUUAGUCAAAAUCUAUUGAAAACCUACACUUGUCCAUUUAAACAUGUGUGUGUCUGAUUAAGAAAUAGUUCUAGAGAUAAAAAUCUAAUUUUAUCCACAUCUUACCCAGUUUUAAAUCUGCUCUCUCAUAUAUUUUUCAGAGAACUGUCCAUAAAAAAUGCAUUCUUCAUUUCUGUGGCAAUAUCUUUGGAUGAAGCACCUUUUUAAAAGUCUGUGAUUUAAUGCAAGAGUCAAUUUUCUAUAAAUAAUAUAUAUAUAUAUAUAAUAUAUAAAUUAUACCGUCCAUAUGCUGCUUGAAUACCCUCCAACAAUCUACAAUAGGAUAUGCACAUUGUUCACUUUUACUAUAGCAAUAAUCGAAGCAAUAAUUGUUCUGUAUGCUGUUUGGCUGGUGUUAUUAUCAGGUAUUCAUGAGUUAACCACUAAACUGUGAUAUGGUUUCAAUGCUGCUUUUUAUCUUGUGUGCAUGGAAGAUUCUCAUAGUUCUAUUAAGGUGCCUUUUAAACAGGAUUUGUUUCUGUGUCUUCACAACUUUGCUUGAAUGAAUUACUUUCAUGUUUAUUAUUUCUCAAAUGUAUGCAGUCAGUUUUUUCCAUGUUACUAAUCAAUGUAGACUGUAUCUCAGAUCAUGUCAGAAGUAUCUAAAUAUGCAAUAUUCUGAAGAUAAUAAUAUUCUUGAAUGUUAGUACGAUGGAGUUUGUUACCAAAUAAAUAAAUAAAGAGUC